AUGGUAUUGUUGCUGGCCAGUGCACUGAUUGAGCAUGUCCUUUCGAAACCGGCUGGACUUCAUCGUGCCUACCGAUGUCCGAUACCGAACCUGCUGGAGGCUCACUACAAACAAGCGUUCCCAGAAAUGUUCUCUUUCGUUCCGUACAAUCCUUACAUUGGAUUUUUAGCACAAACCAUCACAUCCCUACUUACUGUGUACUGGAACUAUGUGGAUUUGUUUUUGAUAUGCGUAUCUAUAGGGCUACGUACAAAUCUAGCCCACGUGAACGAAGUACUCCGAAGUUCGGAAAAGAUGUACCAUCGGAGCAGUUUUUGGAAGGAGCAGUUUAUACACUACCGUCAAGUAUUAGGCUUAAUACGCGACGUUAAUAGCCAUGUAGGAGCUUUUAUCGUAAUCUCCUACUCCAGUAAUCUAUUCUUCAUCUGCGUCCAGUUAGUGAAUGUUUUUCAACAAAAUUCAUCACUCAUCGUUACAACAUACUUCUGGUACUCGCUGGCUCAUCUGAUUGGCCGCAUUGUGGCCGUUUCAUUGUAUGGUUCGGCCAUCCAUGACGAAUACUGUCGGACACGUUCCUUUUUCUACAACCUGCCGGAUGGGUUCAACUGCUCUGAGGAGGUACAACGGUUCCAUCGGCAGGUCGAGCAUGACUCGGUAGCAUUAACCGGCUACGAGUUUUUCCAUUUGACGCGAAAACUUAUUCUGAAGAUCGCAGCCACCGUCGUAACGUACGAGUUGGUUUUGACGCAGGUUAACGAAGCGGAAGCCAAAAAUGGUGACGAUAAUCCGUGCACCCUUCAAAUCGAUGAGCUGGUGUGUGAGAAGCGAAAAAAGAUAGGUUUUCCGGUGGGAGAAAAUCAUGACACAAAACCACUGAUACAACCAACCUGGCACACCGUACUGAAAAGAUGGUGCACUACCUGGAUCCGCUGGCCAAAGGCACCAAGGCGAGCUGGGCGUGAAGAUUGGAUGUACAACGGCACCUUUCACGAAGCGGUGCGCGGUGUAUUGAUGUUGGCACAGCUCUUCUCAAUCAUGCCAGUGCGCGGUAUCCUAGCGAAGGAUCCUCGAAAGCUACGUUUCUCGUACACGAGUGGUCGUGCGUUCUAUACGUACUUUUGUACCGUCGGUAUCGGCUUCCUCGCCGCCAUGUCGAUGUACUUCUUCGCCAGCAUGCGUUAUCACUUUCAGAAGAUGGUAACGGCCUUCUUUUACUGUUACAAUCUGUACGCGAUGUAUCGGUUCGGUAGGCUAGCCCAAAAAUGGCCAGCGUUGAUGAUAAAGUGGACCCGCGUUGAUGACUCAUUGCCGCCGCAAAAGGACCUGUUUGAGCGUGCCGUUCUGGCGUACCGGAUAAAGCUGUGCUCAAUCAUCGUGAUGACACUGUCACUCUCCGAACAUUUGCUGUCGAUCGUGUCAGCCGUCCACUACUCGAACAAUUGCCCCGCAGUACACGAUCCGUACGAAGCGUUCUUCAAAUCGAACUUUGCGUUCGUGUAUUAUUACUUUUCCUACUCGACGUUGCGUGGUUUUUUGACAAAGUUCUUCAACGUGAUAUGUAAUUUUAUCUGGAGCUAUGUGGAUCUGUUUGUGAUCGUUAUUAGCAUGGGUUUGUCGCAUUCGUUUCGCCGCAUUAACGAGUUUCUGUUUCUGCACAAACGCGAGAAAAAGACGGAACAGUUUUGGGGCGAACAGCGGCAAAAGUACCGAAACGUGUGCGAUCUUGUAACGACCGUGGACGACCACAUCUCCGCCAUCACAAUGCUGUCCAUCUCAAACAAUCUAUUUUUUAUCUGUGUCCAAAUUCUCAACAGCAUGAACUCGCGACCCACCUUGGUACAUACGGUGUACUUCUGGUUUAAUUUGAUUAUCCUGAUCGGACGCACGCUAGCAGUCGCCAUGUUUGCGGCGGAAGUGAACGAUGAGUCGAAGCGGCCGAUCGAAGUCCUGCGAACGAUACCACGCGAUGGUUGGUGUUUGGAAGCGAAACGGUUUGCCGAGGAAGUGACGACCGAUACAGUCGCCCUGACGGGGCUCAAGUUUUUCAGCAUGACCCGCAAACUGGUGCUAAAUGUGACCGGGGCUAUCAUUACGUACGAGCUGGUGCUGAUACAGUUCCACAAGGACGAAGUUUCGGAUGUGGAUUUGUGUAAGCUUAAGCGUAUGGACACGUUGUAAAGG